UAAAAGAUCUAAAGUAUAUUGUAAAUGCUGAUUAACCUUUUAAUGACCGUUCAGACCAAUGUAUACCGAGCGUAUUUUUCCUAAUAAAAAAUAAUAAAUCGUAAAUUUCUUCUGAAUUUAGUAAUAUUUCCACAUAAUCUCCAUGUUACUGCUGGUUAAAUUAUUUAUGGCAUUAAACAUUUAGGCAAUCUUUCUUCUGCAUCCUAUUUGCAACUGGGCACUUAAAUCAAUCAGCCGCUCUUUGAACCACAACAUAUGCGGGUGCCGUGCUUCCCGAAUUACGUGUCUGCUGCUUUCAUUUUCAACGCACAAUCAGUGGCCAGCAUUGUGAUAAGACACAACGCCGACUACCUAACCGAAAGACCAUUUGCAGACAGUUAAGUACAUCGAGCAAGCGAUAAAAGGCCAAAUUUCAAACAUGACGGAUCUAAUCAAGAAAGGAGCGCUCUUUUUAAUGAGCCCUAAGUGCUAUGAUAACUACUUCUUGGAGUUCAACUUUUUCGAUGUGCCGUGCUUUAAGGCUUUGCUGAGCAAGGGCCUUGGUUUGGGCAUAAUAGCCGGCUCUCUGCUGGUGAAAGUGCCGCAGGUUCUGAAAAUACUUAGCAAUAAGUCUGGAGAGGGCAUCAAUCUCGUUGGCGUACUGCUGGAUCUGCUCGCUAUCUCAUUCCACAUGUCCUAUAGCUACAUGAAUGGCUAUCCUUUUAGUGCUUGGGGCGAUAAUACGUUCCUGGCCCUUCAAACCGUCGCUAUUGCAGCGCUUGUGCUGUUAUAUAGCGGACGGAAAUCGCUAGCCAUUGCGUUUAUUGGAGCUUAUGCCAGUUUACUGUACAUUCUCAAUUCUGGGCUUACGCCCAUGAAGGUGCUGCUUACCAUACAGAGUCUGAACAUUCCUAUAUUGUUGGUGGGCAAAUUGUCGCAGGCUCUGACCAACUAUCGCAAUGGCUCAACAGGCCAAUUGUCGGCGGCUACUGUUAUUAUGCUGUUCGCCGGAUCGCUUGCACGCAUCUUCACCUCCAUACAGGAGACUGGCGACCAAAUGAUGAUAAUUACAUUCUGCGCCUCUAGUUUCGCCAAUGGUGUCAUUCUUGCCCAGUUGAUUUACUACUGGAACAAGGAGCCAGCUAGCACCCUCAAAAAAGACGCUGCCAAGCCUAAGAAAGCUAAGAGCAAGAAGGAUGAUUAAAAAAAAUGAUUUGUAGUGUGGCUUGGCAUUGUGCCAAAGCAGAACUUUUCUCGACAAUUUGUAGAACAAAUAUUGAAACUUUAAAUAAAUGUAUCUUAAGUCAGUCCAA